GAAUCAUUUCACACAAAACUACUUUUAUCUCCAAGCUACAAAGCCCUCAUCUCAUAGCUAGCAGCCAUGGCAUUAAAGCUUGCAGCUAUGGUGUUUGUGAUAUUGCUUCUUCGAGACUCGGAGGCUGCGAUCUCGUGUAGCGAUGUUGUCACAGACCUAAGGCCAUGCGUGAGCUACCUCGUGAGCGGUAGCGGGAAGCCACCAGCGGCUUGUUGCACCGGUGCAAAUGCUCUAGCCUCCGCAGCUACAACCACUGCUGACAAGAAGGCUGCAUGCGAAUGCAUCAAAUCAGCUGCUGGUAGUUUGAAUUACAACGCUAAAUUGGCACAAGAUCUUCCUAGCAAUUGUGGCAUUAGCCUGCCUUUCACGGUCUCCGCUAGCGUCGACUGUUCCAAGAUUGGUUGAUUGUGAGACAGAAUUUUGAACAGAAUGGACAAGAAAAACACCAGAAUUCUACUAUAAACUUGGAGAAAUUACUACAUAUUAUGUAAUAAAAUAAAACCAUUUGGAAUGGAAUCUAAUCUCAUGGAUUUUUAGAUUCUUUUUAUGUGUCUUAAUAUCAUGUGCUGCAGUUUCUA